AUGUCCAUGUCGACGGCCGCGCUGCCUAGGGGUUUCAUCCACUCCGCCGCUGCUGCGCUGCAAUCGAUAAGAACAAGAGCCGCACAAACCUGGCCGUCGACGCACACGGCCCAGCGGCCAGGGCCGAACUGCAACAAUUUCCCAUGCCUGGCUACAUUUUUUUUCUUCUGCCCACGGGACGACGGCCAAGGGGCAGCCACCCAUGGAAACGGUCGCGCGCGCGAGCAUGCACAUUAUUACUAUUACUGUACUAUACCACCAGCUCAGCAACCCGUCGGCGCACGCCUUAGUUGCAGCAACUGGUCAGAGUCAGAGCCAUCGGAUCGGUACUCUAGAGCAGCGAGGCGCGAGAGCAAGCAACUCAUCCGAGCAGCGAGCAUCCAUCCGACAAAGGCCGAGCUUUGCUGUCGCAUUGGCGGCUGUGGCUUUGCUAGGGUCCUUUCCCUUAUAUCCGACCAUGAAACCGACGGCGUCCGGCGAACACAGACAACAGACGCUCGCGGUUCGACUGCACGGGGCGCCCGCGACAUAACUCGAGUUGCAGAUGCUCAAAGUCCGAAACAUGCAGACGGACAAGAUGGCCGACCGGCACCAUCUGGCGUGGCAGCCGUGGCUGUUGGUCGCCGCCGAGGCUGGGAUGAGGAAAAGUCUGGUGAGGGUGACAUGCUCUCGCUCUCCAUGCCUACACUAGGAUACGGUCACGCCUUCGGCCUUGAAACACGUCUUCUCGAAGCCUGGGCACCUCGACGCGAGCAGGCCCGCGGCGCACUGUUGUCAAAUCGAAACGGCGCAUGCGGCACGACGGCGGCGGCCAACAAUACAAGGCGCGACGUGGUUGUGCUGGCGGUGCUAUACUACGCACAACGAUACCAUUACACACUCAGAUACAGUCAUGUCACGCCUGCCAUGGCCGCAACGGCGACGAUUGCUCAAAAGCGGCGCUCUAGGGAACCCCACGUGUUGUUCCAUCAUCAAGCCAUGCCAUGGCAGCGGCACGCCCGACACACACCACCCUCGUUGCGAACCCGACACCGUGCUCGCCGCUGGAAAUUGCGCAUCGUGCCCAGCCUAAUCCCCGAAACCACUAGGCCGUCUCAGGCAGUUUUCUCUCCCAGCAAGAGUACGCGUCGUCGCCUUCAAGGUUCAAGGGGGGGCGCUGUCCACGAUGCUGGGACUGCUGGGACUGCUGGGACGUGA